AUGUCACCAAACGAACUGAUGACAGAUCAUCAGACGGGGUUUACGCGGAGGCGUACCAGUAUGGAGACGCGGCCGACGCCUCCGCGUGAACAAUGGAGUUCAUGGGCAGAUUUCAUCAUGAGUUGUAUUGGUUACGCUAUUGGACUUGGAAAUGUAUGGCGUUUCCCGUAUCUCUGCUACCAGAAUGGUGGAGGAGCAUUUCUCAUCCCUUAUGUGAUCUCAUUGAUAUUCUGUGGUGCACCGUUGUUCAUUCUCGAAACGACAUGGGGUCAACUGCUAUCUGUUGGUGGACUUGGAAUGUUCAAAAUUUGUCCGAUUUUUAAAGGCCGAGCGCCAACAAAAGGAUUAGAAGUGCAAAAGCGGGACUUCCGAUUCCCAGGAAUAUCUUGA